GCCUUGUGCAGCGGAAGUGCACACUAUCUACACACACACACACACACACAGACAAACACACCUACAAGAGCAAGAAGUGAAGACUUGUGGCUCCCCGUCCGGAAAAGACCGUCUGCAUCCUGUCGGACACAGGAGAGAGAAACCAUGAUUAAACGCAAACUAAGCUUCAAGUGGUUUGGUAGUCUCGCCAGCCUCCGGCGAAAAUCAGAAAACCAGAAGGACGAUGUCAGAGAGGUGUCCACCGACGAUAUGGGCAUGCAUCCACGGAGCCCGAGCUACGCCAGCUCCAGUGAGAUGUACACGCACAUGGGCACCAUGCCACGAAACCCGAAAAAGGACAAAAGCUUGAAGAAGAGCAAGUCCAAGGACAAGUGCAGCCUCAAUCGGAGUCAAAGCAUGAGACCUGCACAGGACCAUGUAGUUGAUUCCCCACUUCUCAGCGUCCUCUCCGGGAAGGGUCUGGAGGCCCUGGAGAGCCCCAUCGCAGAGGACAAGCCAGCUGCAGGAACCAGAGAUAAUCCCAUUCAGAACCGUGAACUUCCACCUCCACCGACUGUGGAUGGACACUCAACAAAGCGGGAAGACGAAGAGAAGCCAGUAGAUGACUCCAAGCUACAUGUUGAUCCGGCAAAUGCAUGUCCGGAAACUUCACCAGAUCUGAGUGUGCCAGACAUCCAGCCAGUGCUGCCCAAGAAGAGACAUAAAGAAGGAGACACCUCCAUGAAGCUGGAUGCUGAGGAGCUGCAGAUGGACAAUAACCUGAUUCAGCUACCUCCGAAACACGGCAGUCAGAUGGAGCAGAAGCAAGCAGCACUGGAAGAUGCUAAAAUAGGAUCAGACUGCAAACAAGACAGUCAGGAAGAAAAAGAGCCGAACAGACAGCUGGACACCACAGACACCCAGGGAGAAUAUGUACAAUUCUCCAAGGAGAAGUACCUCCUGGAGUCACCCCCGGAGAAACUCAGGAAGGAGCUGGAGGAGGAGCUCAAACUCAGUAGCAGUGACAUGAGGAGCCACGGCUGGUACCAUGGCCAUAUUCCACGAGAGGCCUCAGAAACGUUGGUUCUGCGUAGCGGUGACUUCCUCGUACGGGACUCCCUGUCGACCGCGGGCGACUAUGUCCUCACGUGUCGCUGGCAGCAGGAAGUCAUCCACUCUCGGAUCAGUAAAGUCCUGGUCAAAAGCGGGCAAACCAAAAUCCAGUACAUGCUGGAGCAUGAGAGCUUCGACUCUGUCCCCACGCUGGUCAGGCACCACGCUGGCACGGGACGACCCGUGUGCCCACGCACCGGAGCUCAGCUGCAGUGUCCGGUCAACCGCACGCUGCCUCUGAGGUACCUGGAGGCCACGUUUGCUUUGGCCGGUGGGAGACCGGGAUCUGCACAUUCACCUUCGACCCCGAGGGGGGCGCACAUCAAGAGAAGAAGCGUUACUAUGACAGAUGGACUGACGACAGAGAAGAUCAUUCCUCACAGCCCCUCUACAGUGCAUCAUAAGGAUGCGAUGAGGAACUGCGCCAUGAGCAUGGAUCAGAUCCAAGAGUACCGCUGCCCGCUGUCCCCUGCCUACAGCUCCAUCUCCCGCCACAGACAUGGCUCAGGUGGGCGUGUCCUCGCCGUGAUCCCGCCUUCUCCGGUGAUGCGGCGCUCCAGUGAUCCACAUCUUUCACCAUCCUCCUCCAAUAACAACCUUACCUGCUCAGACUUGCCCCCCAGCUCCCACUCCAUGCCUGCCCACAGUUACCCGUCAGAAAGUUCAGAGCAGGACGGCAGCUACUGUGAGCUGAGACCCGGUCAAGCCCCCAUUCCUCCCUGCAAGAGCUACGUCGAGAGGCUGAGGGUGGAGGAUGGCCAAAGCCCGGGCUCUGGAGCUCCAGAAGAGAUGGAGGGCUUCACGCUCCCCCUGGUGGAGACCAGCUCCUCCUUCAAACCUGGAAAAUACCAGUCCACUCUUCUGCCAGCCGAGAAUAAACCUCUGGAGAUGAGUGUGUUGAAGAGGGUGAAGGAGCUGCUGGCGGAGGUGGAUCCCAAAACAGCCGCCAAGCACAUCACCAAGGCAGACUGCAUGGUUGCUAGGAUACUGGGCGUUACCAAGGAGAUGCAGAGGAUGAUGGGAGUGAGCUCGGGGCUGGAGCUGCUGACUCUUCCACAUGGACACCAGCUGAGACUGGAUCUGCUGGAGAGGUUUUACACAAUGUCUAUAAUGAUGGCGGUGGAUUUGUUGGGUUGUACGGGCAGCACCGAGGAGAGAGCCGCCCUCCUGCAUAAAACCAUCCAGCUGGCUGCUGAACUCAAGAGCAACAUGGGCAACAUGUUCGGCUUCGCUGCGGUCAUGAGAGCGCUGGAGCUGCCGCAGAUCUCACGGCUGGAGCAGACGUGGAUAACACUGCGACAGAGACACACAGAAGGCGCCAUCCUCUAUGAGAAGAAACUUAAGCCAUUCCUGAAGGCCAUGAAUGAUGGGAAAGAGACCUGUGUGCUCUCGAACACCUCUUUCCCUCACGUGGUGCCGGUGCUGUCGCUGCUGGAGCGCGGUGUGGCGUCCGGAGAGGCGCUGGAGUCCUGGGAGAGCGUGGAGUCAGGAGUGGACGUGGUCAUGAGUCACCUGGAAGCAGCACGGACCAUCGCUCACCACGGAGGACUGUAUCGCACCAACACCGAGAGCAAACUACAGGAUUUCCAGGAGCGGAAGGAGGUGCUGGAAAUCUUCUGUACCGAGUUUCAGAUGAGGCUUUUAUGGGGCAGUCGUGGCUCUGAAGGAAACCAGGCCGAGCGCUACGAGAAGUUUGACAAGGUCCUCACCGCUCUGUCCCACAAGCUAGAACCUCCUGUACGACACAGUGAAUUAUAGCACCCCCGCACCCACACAUGGUAUGAUCCCUGACCUUCCUGUCACUCCUACUCCUGGAAAAGACCAUGCUUUUUUUGGGGGAGCCGGAGAAUAUAUCAAUGAGUGACUCACUCUGCAAAACAAGGCACAAUGGGGACAAGCUUUAUGCGAGCAUGAUGGUGCCUCCUGAAGAACGCAGACUGCUGCAGUGGAAUGAAAUAAAAAUCUAAAGCCAAAAUAUCUUCUUCAGUGGUGAUCAAGGGAACUUCGUUUUUAAAAAAGAGAGAAUGUGAUGAAGUGUAAGUCGACUUUGACCCAAAAGGGUCUGAAUCCUGUUUGAUGUGAAUCCACGAUUUAGUUUCCAUCAGCUUUCAUGUCGAUAAAAAGCAAAGAUGUCUUGCAGAAGUGACGUGUCUCGAUUUAUUGCUGGAAUAGACUGAACACACACUCACUUUUCAGAUGUCUGAAUGUAAGUUGCCAAAUCAUGAAUUCAAACAGAUGUCUGCUGGAUAAAGAGUUUUAUUUUUACGCUGGUUUUUUAGGUUCACUUCUCAGUUUUUGAUUUUUCGCUAUUGUCAUUGCUUUAGUGAUGGAAAGUGAGGAAUUGGGCCUUCAUCUUUAAUGAGUGUCUAACAGAUGCUCACAUUCACACUCUCUCCAGGUCUGACAGCAUUGCUUCUCAGAGCGCUUUGGCGUCCGAAUGUGUUGGAGAUGACAUACUGUUUAGCCUACUUUCCUCUCUUUUUCUCAUUCCGUUUUUUUUAUUAUUUUUUGUCUAAAGGGGUCAUAUCAUGAGGAACUAAAUUUCUUUAUUUGCAAAUACAGAGUUCAUUAUAACUAUCAGAAUUGAAAAAAUCAGUGCAAAAAAAAAAAAAGUAUUUAUUUAAACUAAAUUUUGGCAUCUGAAACUCAAGGUUGUUAGCAUAUGGCCACCCACUUUACACAUCAACAUCACAUAUCGGGUGUGCAUUCAUCCUGUUAACACCAGAAGAGCUAAUGAUAAGAGUAAAAUAGUGAAACUAGUUAAACCAACCACUUAAUGUGCUGUUUUUGACUCUGCAGAUCCUUCUAAAGGAUCCCAGUGUUGGAAACAAGUUCAUUUUCAGCUCAAAUUGUUUUAUGAAUCCGUUACAUGGGGAAGCGCAAUCUAUAUUAGCAACCCCACAGCUCAUGUGUUUCUCAUAUCAUAUAGCCUACCAAGAAGGGCAUUUGCAUAAAGUCUUAAAGGCACAGGGUCACAAUAACAGCCUAUUUAAUUCCAACAUCAGAAAGAGGGUGGAAAUGGACGUGAAAAACUAAAUCAUUACAGAGAAAAAUCAUGAUAUGACCGCUUUAAUAUCUUUCAUGACAGAGGCCAUGCUAGUCAGUAUGGCCAUGGCAAUGAGGUUUAGCUGUCUUUUAGAUACAUAAGGUAUAUUCUCAAUGAGACUGGAUCACAAUGAAUGUCAGUUUGUAUUACGUUAUUUAAGAGACCCAUCUAACCAAACUUUACAGAUCAAGUCCGUGUCCAGAUCAUCUAUUGCAAGUCAACAAAGACAUUUGAUUUUUCAUUCAAACAUUGAAAAGUAGUGUUAUGGCAAUAAUUCACAAACUAAUAUAUGGAGGAUCAUUGUGUUAGUAUUUAUGCUAAUGCAUAUUGAUCAUAUUUAAGAUUAGGAGUUUUACUAAAACUGCCUAUUUUGAUGCAUAAAUCAUCCAUUUAUCCAACAUAUAUGAAUUAUACCUCAUAUUGCACAAAUCUGUGAAGGAAAGAGAUGACAUCCUGGUAGUGACUUUUUCUACGAGUACCAUUCACAUUUCCAUCAGGUUCCUGAAAAACAAAAGAUUUCAGCUAAUAAUAGCAACAUUUUCAUUAAAUUCAAAAACACCUAUAAUACUGUUUUCAUAUUCUGGUAGAUUCAGCCAAACAAAACCCAAAGUCACAUACAUAUACCUCUAUCAACAGUGUAAAUGUUCUACCCUUAUUUCUGGGUACCAUAAACAGAAAAGGUUGUGGGUAUCUGGUUCUAACGCGAUCUAUUGUGUAUCAUAUGCAGGCUGCUAUACUUCACACCCAGUCUAUAAAUGCACAUUUCCAGGGAUUUUUCUGAAGGUAUUUUUUCAGGUAAUUUAAUAAAGGCAGAUCUGAAAGUAGAUUAUGCUAUCUGUCGCAAAUAGGGGAGCAUUAUGGGAUGAAAAGUGGAUCAUAUGCAAUUUCACUUUUAGCCAGCAGAGGGCUCUGUUUAGUAAGCUAAAAAUAAUAAUAAAUGGAAGCAAGUUUUGAGCCUUUUGAACUUUUUUUAUUAAGGCCUGCUGGUCUAGGACUGUAACUUGUGUUUGGUUUCUCUACUGUAAAGGUAAAUGUGUGACUAUUUCGUUUUGUAAAUAGUUACCCCUAAACGGUUGAUGAUAUACGAGGUGGACGAGGUCACGUGAUUGCAUCCUUUUAUUAUGUGCUGUACAUACUGGUAUGUCAUAUGUUUUGCACUUUUUUCAGAAAAUAAAAUACAGUAAGCUUG